AUGUCGAAUUCAAAAGAAAUUGACGAGUCGAUCGCAACUGAUACUAUUGGAGCUGAAAUCAAUUCAUCUCGUAACGACAAACAAAUCGAUUCAAUUUCUUUGACUUCUGAAGAACUUCAAAAUACGAUUCAUAUUGAACGUGAAAGUUCCAAUUCAACAAAUGAGUCAUAUUGCAGUAACAUAAUUGAAAAACAUGAAUAUAAACCAGAUGCCCCUACUGAAUUUGUACCAAUUAGUAAAAAUUGUAUACUGAUUAUGCAUAAAUGGGGUGGCAAGGAUAAACCAAAACCUUGUGAUACGUUGGCUACAAGUUCUAUCAAGAGGAAACCAAAUUUGAACAAGAUAAUUAUUCGGUGUACAACAAAGAUUAUAUUUGAAAAUGUUUAUGGAACAACAUAUUACAAAGUUAAGAAAUUCUUUGAAUUGCACAACCACCCACUGGAAAGUAUUAAGGAAAGACCUUAUACGAAAAAGGCAAAAAAGAUGUCAUAUUCUGAAAAAGAGUUUGUAGUACGUGCAUCAAAAGUUAAAUUUGGUCCAACAAUGGCUCACAAAAUACAAGCAGUUUUGAAAGAAGGAUAUGAAUAUGUAGGAGCGAAGGUAACAAACUACAAAAACUUGAGGAGAGAAGUAAAUAGAAUCUUAUGUUACAAGGAUGCUCAAAUAAUGAUAAACAAAAUGAAUGAUCGUAGAGAUCAUUACCCAAAUUAUUCAUUUGAGUUCCUACGUGAUGGAGAUAUGUUGGCUGCUAUGUUUUGGGCAGAUGAAAGAGAAAAUGCUUUUUAUGCAGAUUUGGAGAAGUUAUAUCUUUUGAUGCAACUUUUAGAACAAACAAGUAAGUUAAUGUAUAAAAUGGUAUUUGUUCCAUUCACAACGGUUGACCACCACAAGAAAUUAGUUACUGUUGGCACUGGGUUGCUGAGUAGAGAGACAAUUGAGUCGUAUGAACGGCUAAUUAAAGCUUUUCUUAGAGCUCAUGAAUGGAAAGCACAAAAAAUUGUUCUAACUGAUCAAGAUCCAACAAUAAAACAAGUAGUGGAAUCUGUCUUACCAAAUUCAAGACACAGACUAUGCAUGUUGCACAUAAUGAAAAAACAAGCAAAGGUUACUGACGAUUUAUUUAAAAACAAAGACUUCAAGAAAAGAUUUAACAAGCUUGUAUGGAGCAUGCAUAUCAAACCUGCUGAAUUUGAGAAGAAGUGGGAGUUGAUUAUUAAUGAACUCAACCUCGAAGAUAAAAUAUGGUUCAAUGAUAUGUUCGAAUUACGUGACAAAUGGAUACCUGCAUACUUCAGUGACACUAGAAUGUCUGGAUUGAUGAAAACCACUUCAAGAUCAAAAAGCAUGAAUUCCUUCUUCAGCACUUACUUGAAAUCUGGAAAUUUACUUUUACAUUUCAUGAUGAACUAUGACACAACAAAUCAAAAACAAAGAAAUACACAAAAGGAGCUUGAUCAUCAAACAAAGAAGGCAUACAUAAAGAAAUCUACAAAGGUUCCUGGUACUGCCAAUACAAACAUAUUGGAACAAAAAACGGAUGAGAGCUAUACAAAGUGGAACAACUGA